AUGGCCUUCCUGAUCGUCCUCCUUUUAGACAUCCUCGUUCUCAGAUACGAUCAGUGGACGAUGAAAUUCACCGAGUUAAAGCCGCCGGUUGAAGCAACAGCCGCGAUCGCCGGACCUUUGGCCGAGGACCCGCAAGGGAUGGACGAGAGGAGUGCAGAUCGGUUGCGGUACCCGGGCAGGAAGCGCGUGCUGGGGUUCGUCGGGGUGCAGACCGGUUUCGGCUGCAGCCGCAAGAGGCGCACUCUGCUUCGCGAGACGUGGUUCCCCGCCACGCCCGAGGAGCACGCGCGAGGUGGUUCCGCGCCCGAGGGAGCCACACAAGUGGGGCAUGAGGGCGUGGGGCAUGAGGGCGUGGGGCAUGAGGGCGUGGGGCAUGAGGGCGUGGGGCAUGAGGGCGUGGGGCAUGAGGGCGUGGGGCAUGAGGGCGUGGGGCAUGAGGGCGUGGGGCAUGAGGGCGUGGGGCAUGAGGGCGUGGGGCAUGAGGGCGUGGGGCAUGAGGGCGUGGGGCAUGAGGGCGUGGGGCAUGAGGGCGGCGUGGGGCAUGAGGGCGUGGGGCAUGAGGGCGUGGGGCAUGAGGGCGUGGGGCAUGAGGGCGUGGGGCAUGAGGGCGUGGGGCAUGAGGGCGUGGGGCAUGAGGGCGUGGGGCAUGAGGGCGUGGGGCAUGAGGGCGUGGGGCAUGAGGGCGUGGGGCAUGAGGGCGUGGGGCAUGAGGGCGUGGGGCAUGAGGGCGUGGGGCAUGAGGGCGUGGGGCAUGAGGGCGUGGGGCAUGAGGGCGUGGGGCAUGAGGGCGUGGGGCAUGAGGGCGUGGGGCAUGAGGGCGUGGGGCAUGAGGGCGUGGGGCAUGAGGGCGUGGGGCAUGAGGGCGUGGGGCAUGAGGGCGUGGGGCAUGAGGGCGUGGGGCAUGAGGGCGUGGGGCAUGAGGGCGUGGGGCAUGAGGGCGUGGGGCAUGAGGGCGUGGGGCAUGAGGGCGUGGGGCAUGAGGGCGUGGGGCAUGAGGGCGUGGGGCAUGAGGGCGUGGGGCAUGAGGGCGUGGGGCAUGAGGGCGUGGGGCAUGAGGGCGUGGGGCAUGAGGGCGUGGGGCAUGAGGGCGUGGGGCAUGAGGGCGUGGGGCAUGAGGGCGUGGGGCAUGAGGGCGUGGGGCAUGAGGGCGUGGGGCAUGAGGGCGUGGGGCAUGAGGGCGUGGGGCAUGAGGGCGUGGGGCAUGAGGGCGUGGGGCAUGAGGGCGUGGGGCAUGAGGGCGUGGGGCAUGAGGGCGUGGGGCAUGAGGGCGUGGGGCAUGAGGGCGUGGGGCAUGAGGGCGUGGGGCAUGAGGGCGUGGGGCAUGAGGGCGUGGGGCAUGAGGGCGUGGGGCAUGAGGGCGGCGUGGGGCAUGAGGGCGUGGGGCAUGAGGGCGUGGGGCAUGAGGGCGUGGGGCAUGAGGGCGUGGGGCAUGAGGGCGUGGGGCAUGAGGGCGUGGGGCAUGAGGGCGUGGGGCAUGAGGGCGUGGGGCAUGAGGGCGUGGGGCAUGAGGGCGUGGGGCAUGAGGGCGUGGGGCAUGAGGGCGUGGGGCAUGAGGGCGUGGGGCAUGAGGGCGUGGGGCAUGAGGGCGUGGGGCAUGAGGGCGUGGGGCAUGAGGGCGUGGGGCAUGAGGGCGUGGGGCAUGAGGGCGUGGGGCAUGAGGGCGUGGGGCAUGAGGGCGUGGGGCAUGAGGGCGUGGGGCAUGAGGGCGUGGGGCAUGAGGGCGUGGGGCAUGAGGGCGUGGGGCAUGAGGGCGUGGGGCAUGAGGGCGUGGGGCAUGAGGGCGUGGGGCAUGAGGGCGUGGGGCAUGAGGGCGUGGGGCAUGAGGGCGUGGGGCAUGAGGGCGUGGGGCAUGAGGGCGUGGGGCAUGAGGGCGUGGGGCAUGAGGGCGUGGGGCAUGAGGGCGUGGGGCAUGAGGGCGUGGGGCAUGAGGGCGUGGGGCAUGAGGGCGUGGGGCAUGAGGGCGUGGGGCAUGAGGGCGUGGGGCAUGAGGGCGUGGGGCAUGAGGGCGUGGGGCAUGAGGGCGUGGGGCAUGAGGGCGUGGGGCAUGAGGGCGUGGGGCAUGAGGGCGUGGGGCAUGAGGGCGUGGGGCAUGAGGGCGUGGGGCAUGAGGGCGUGGGGCAUGAGGGCGUGGGGCAUGAGGGCGUGCAGCACGAGAGUGGAAGCAGCAACGGAAUUGCUGUUUCGGUUCAUCGCGGGGCAUGGCAGGAGUGCAGUGCAGUGGACGAGCACAUGGAUGUGAUGCGCCCUCCCCGCUCGCUUUCCCCUUUUGCAUGUCUCCCAGGGAAGAAGCAGCAACGGGGCUUUCCCCUUUUGCAUGUCUCCCAGGGUAGAAGCAGCAACGGGGCUUUCCCCUUUUGCAUGUCUCCCAGGGUAGAAGCAGCAACGGGGCUUUCCCCUUUUGCAUGUCUCCCAGGGGUAGAAGCAGCAACGGGGUUGGUGUUCCGGUUCAUCAUCGGGCACGGUGGCACAGACGGAGGAAGCAGCACAGACAGAGGAAGCAGCGGUGAUGCGGAAGAGCAGCUGCUGCAGGCGGAGAACAGCACUCACGGGGACUUCCUUCGCAUCGACACCCAGGAGGGAUACCUCAAUCUCAGCCGCAAGACAUGA